AUGGCCUCCUUACGCUCCACGUCGUCUAUCUUCCGCGCCGCCCGGCCUCUUUUUCGCCCUGCAGCCUUCUCUCGCACAUAUGCCACUGUCGAAUCCCAAACCCCAGGCCCCGUAGCGGGUAAGGAUGCUACUGCACCCGCGUCCACAUCUUCUACAAUGAAGGAGCCGGCUCCAUCACAAGCAGCCAAAAUCAAGACCUUCAAGAUUUACCGAUGGGACCCCGACCAGCCUACUGAAAAGCCACGAAUGCAAACAUACACAAUUGACUUAAAUAAGACGGGGCCAAUGAUGCUUGAUGCGUUGAUUAGAAUCAAGAAUGAAGUGGAUCCGACAUUGACUUUCAGAAGAAGUUGUAGAGAGGGUAUCUGUGGCAGCUGCGCAAUGAACAUUGAUGGAGUGAAUACAUUGGCUUGCUUGUGUCGCAUUCCCACUGAUACAACCAAAGAAAGUCGGAUCUACCCAUUGCCUCAUACCUACGUCGUCAAAGAUCUUGUCCCCGAUUUGACUCAUUUUUAUAAGCAGUAUAAGUCUAUCAAACCUUAUCUACAGCGUGAAACCAAGCCUGAUGAUGGCAGGGAAAUCAGACAAUCUCCGGCUGACCGUAAGAAGCUUGACGGUCUCUAUGAAUGUAUUCUUUGCGCAUGCUGCUCGACGUCUUGCCCGUCAUACUGGUGGAAUAGCGAAGAAUACCUUGGCCCCGCUAUUCUACUUCAGUCCUACCGAUGGCUGGUUGAUUCCAGAGAUGAGAAGACUGCCGAACGUCGCGCCGCGCUUGACAACAGCAUGAGCGUGUAUCGGUGCCACACUAUUAUGAACUGCACGAGAACUUGCCCCAAGGGUUUGAACCCAGGCAAAGCUAUUGCCGAAAUCAAGAAGCAGCUUGCCUUCGCAUGA